CUGUUCCUAAGUCAUUGAAGACUUAAGUCAUCAGAUUUGUGACUUUGACAAGUGCAAAAUAAAACAGUGGAAAACAUCUUGAAGAUCAAAUAUAUGACCUUUGCGAUCCCGUGGGAACAGUAAACAGAAGGGAUGUUACCGAUUUGCGUGAGGAAUUUGGGCAAAAAAGCCCUACAAACUCAAGUUAUUUAAUGGAUUUAAUUAUAUAAAGGUUGCAAGGAUUUAGAGAGAGAGAGAGAGAGAUAAAGAAAGGAACUAACAGUCAUCAUGAAGCGAUUUUUGGAUAUGUUUAGUAAAAAUACGUUUAAUUUGUCAUUGCAGAAAACUAUACCAGCAGCAGCAGCCAAAGCAAAUUAUGCCACUGAAGCUAGUUUUGAAACGAAACCUUUCAGGUUGCACAAAUUGGAUGAUGGUCCUUCAACUAAUGUUACUUUGAAUAGAGAGGAUGCCUUGAAGUAUUUCACUCAGUUGCAUGGAAUCCGUAGGAUGGAAACUUCUGCUGGUAAUCUGUACAAGGAGAAAAUUAUCAGAGGCUUUUGUCAUCUGUACUCUGGACAGGAAGCUGUGGCUGUGGGCAUGAAGGCAGCUCUGAGGCCUCAGGAUGCUGUGAUCACGGCUUACAGGGCUCACGGAUGGACCUACAUGAUGGGUGUUUCCAUGAAGGGUGUCCUAACUGAGCUGACUGGCAGAGAAAGUGGAUGCGCCAGAGGAAAGGGAGGCUCUAUGCAUAUGUACACGGAAAACUUUUACGGUGGAAAUGGUAUUGUCGGGGCUCAAGUGCCGCUGGGAACUGGCGUCGCUUUAGCAAUGAAAUACCAGAAGAUCGAUGGAGUCUGCGUGAGUCUGUACGGCGAUGGUGCCGCAAACCAAGGGCAAGUCUUCGAAGCUUACAACAUGGCCAAACUGUGGAAUUUACCAUGCAUUUACGUAUGCGAGAACAACGGAUACGGCAUGGGUACAAGUUCAGAGAGGGCCGCUGCAAGCACGUCGUACUAUUCCCGAGGUGAUUACAUUCCUGGUAUCUGGGUGGACGGUAUGGAUGUGUUGGCCGUGCGCGAAGCCACCAAGUUCGCAGUAGAACAUUGUACCAGCGGUAAAGGUCCCAUCAUCCUGGAGGCGGCGACCUACAGAUAUUCUGGCCACUCGAUGUCCGAUCCUGGUACCAGCUACAGGACUCGCGACGAAAUCCAAGAAGUCCGUCAGACCAGAGAUCCGAUCACUUCGUUCAAGGAGAAGAUCGUCGCUUCGAAUCUGGUCACACCCGAGGAGUUAAAAAAAUUGGAGACUGAAAUCCGCGUGGCCGUUGAUGAAGCCACGAAGAAGGCGAAGACGGACAAGGAGGUGCCCAUGGAGGAGUUGACCGGUGACAUCUACGCCACCACGUACGAACCAAAAAUCAGGAACAUCACGCCGUUCAAUCCGCUCGAUCAUAAACGUUACGGUCAAGCCGUCAACCUCUAAAGCAAACCUUCUUUAGAUAUUUUUAAACGAAAAUGAUUAUGUAAAUAUUAAUUAAUUUAUGCCCGAAGCAUUUCCUACUUGUUAAA